AUGGACGUUCUGACAUUGUGUCCAUGUGCCUGUCAAAGGAAGCAGCCGCUGUCAACCAUCAUCGUCCGGCGCAGCAAGUUCGAAGAGUUGGGCUUGCGUGAGAAGUUGGUGUUCAAACAGAGAAAUGCCGUCGGCGGUGGAUUUCUCGAGUCAGAGGCGAAGCCACCAAGCCCGAAGACCCAGGAAGAACGUCGGAUCAUGGCAAAGGCCUUGAAGGAGAACACGAAUCUCCAGGGUCUUGUGUCGCUAGACGAAUCGAGCACAGAGAGACUUAUCGACACCGCUUGGAAGGAAGAGGUGAAGGCUGGCACCGACGUGAUCACUGAAGGUGAUCUGAAUGCCUCAUUCUUCUACAUGGUCAAGUCAGGAAAGUUCGACGUCAUCCAGCUGGCUGCCCAGAGAGAGCACCGUCGGUGGCUCAACUAUAGUGUGCUUGCCACAAUCAGAGGUUCGGUGUUCCGCAG